AUGAAUAGAAGAACAUUUGCGAUCCGAGCACCAGCUGGAUGUACUACACCGUUCGAAAUGAAAACUGGAGUGAGACAAGAGGCCGUGGCAGGACCCUUUGUGUUCAGCAUUGCCGUCGAUGAUAUCGUGCCAAGAACAAUCUAUCCUGCCGAUGUCAUUUUAGCACCGUCUGCACGUCCCUUGCUGGAUCUCGAGUACGCCAACGAUCUGGAAAUAUUCGAAUUUAACACCACCAAAUUACAACAUGUCGUUAAUUUUGUAUCGAAAUUGGCUGCAGCCUACGGACUACAACGCAGUGAUGAACGCAAACAGAUGUCGACCCCCAUAGCCAAGUCAAGUUGCGAGUCUACCUAUCCGCAAUUCGUAUCCUAUCACGAUAUCGGACACUUGGGCAGCCCCAUCAAUGGAGAUGGAGAAGCUCUAAUGCAUGGAGUGAUGGAGAAGCUCGAAUGCAUGGAAGGGAAGCUGUUUAGAUGCCCGGCUACUUUUGGCCAAUGGUGUAAUAAACGGAGAACUUUGCUCAGAAGUGGAUAUGCUGUACCGGCCCAUGAUUCACCUUCUGAAGCAGCCAUGGAAAACCAUCUUCGAUUCUUUGAUCACGUUAUUAGGAGACUGCUUGCUCUCUUGUUCAAGUUGUUCUGA